AUGGGUAAUAAUCAAUCACAAGGCCAAGGUGAUAAAGGUGAAAAAAAAGAUCAGCCAAAGUAUCAACCACCACCACCACCAACACAAUUUGGUAAAAAGAAAAAGAGAAGAGGAGCAGAGACAUCAACUAAAUUACCAGUUAUUACACCACAUUCAAAAUGUAAAUUAAAACAAUUGAAACUUGAACGUAUUAAAGAUUAUUUAUUAAUGGAACAAGAAUUUUUACAAAACUAUGAUCUCAAUCAACCAAAGGUUGAUGAAAAUAGCAAAGAACAAGCCGAUGAGAAAAUCAUUGAGGAACUCCGUGGUGAUCCAUUGACAGUUGGUAAUUUGGAGGAGAUUAUCGAUGAUAAUCACGCCAUCGUGUCAUCAACCGUAGGACCAGAGCAUUAUGUCCGUAUCAUGUCAUUUGUAGAUAAAUCAAAACUUUACCUAGGCGCAACUGUUUUAUUAAAUAACAAGACCCUCUCUGUGGUUGGUGUAAUCGAUGGUGAAGUCGACCCAAUGGUGAACGUAAUGAAGGUUGAAAAGGCACCAACCGAAUCCUACAGCGAUAUCGGUGGUUUGGAAGCACAAGUUCAAGAGAUGAAAGAAGCCAUCGAAUUGCCAUUGACUCAUCCAGAGCUCUAUGAGGAGAUUGGUAUCAAACCACCAAAGGGUGUCAUCCUCUAUGGUGAGCCAGGUACUGGUAAGACUUUAUUAGCCAAAGCCGUAGCAAAUCAAACAUCCGCUACAUUUUUACGUGUUGUAGGCUCAGAAUUAAUUCAAAAGUAUUUAGGUGAUGGUCCAAAAUUAGUUCGUGAAUUAUUCAGAGUUGCAGAUGAAUGUGCACCAUCAAUUGUUUUCAUUGAUGAAAUCGAUGCUGUUGGUACCAAACGUUAUGAUUCUCAAUCUGGUGGUGAACGUGAAAUUCAAAGAACUAUGUUGGAACUCUUGAAUCAAUUGGAUGGUUUCGAUGCUAGAACCGAUGUAAAAGUUAUCAUGGCUACAAAUCGUAUUGAAACUUUAGAUCCUGCUCUCAUUCGUCCAGGUCGUAUCGAUCGUAAAAUUGAAUUCCCUCUUCCAGAUAUUAAGACCAAGAGAAAGAUCUUUGAAAUUCAUACUGCUAAAAUGAAUCUCUCUGAAGAUGUUAACCUUGAAGAGUUUGUUAUGUCUAAAGAUGAUUUAUCCGGUGCUGAUAUCAAAGCCAUCUGUACUGAAUCUGGUCUUUUAGCACUCAGAGAACGUAGAAUGAGAGUAACUCAUACUGAUUUUAAAAAAGCAAAAGAAAAAGUUUUAUACAGAAAAACAGCUGGUGCUCCAGAAGGUUUAUAUAUGUAA